AUGAAGAUUAUUUUAUUAUUGCUACCAUAUCUUGCAUUGAGCACAAUACAUCCUGAAGGUAACAUGGACUUUGUUAAGUACUGCAAAUACUUCAAUUAUCCUGUGGAAGAACAUGUUAUCUAAACAGAAGAUGGUUAUCUUCUAACAUACUUUAGAGUAUAAGCUAAAGGAACAAAAAUGGUUUCUGGCAAAAAAGUUGUUCUUCUCCAACAUGGACUCUUAGAUAGUAGUGAUACAUUCAUAAUCAAUGACGAAGACAAAGCACCUGCCUUCUUGAUUGCUAAUAAAGGUUAUGAUGUGUGGCUUGGCAACAACAGAGGAAAUAAACAUGGCAGAGCCCACGUUAAAAAGAAUCCCUUCUUUUGGUCAUUCUGGGAUUUCACAUUAGAAGAUUUCGCUAUCUAUGAUCUUCCUGCAGGAUUUAAAUACAUUGUCAACAAGACUGGCCAAAAAAUCCAAUAUAUUGGACAUUCUUAAGGAACAGCUUAAAUGCACAUUCAUUUAUCUCUCUUCAAAUAAAGUGUUGUCAGAGACAAUCUGAUAUAAUUCAUUGGAAUGGGACCUGUAGCUUGGGUUACAACCAAAUACUCUCCAUUAGUUCGUCUGCUCGACACUAAUUUCUUGGAAGUUUUGGCAACAUUUGGAUUACAUGAGUUUAUGCCUGGAGAUUCAUUCCUCACCUCAGAAGUGGGCAGAGUAGUUUGUGGAAUCAUGGAAAAUCUUUGCGGAGAUUUGAUUGGGUCAUUUGUUUCAGCAGACCCAGUUCUCGACAACUAUGACAGAUAUGACGUAUUAGCUGGACAUUCUCCUGCUGGUACUAGUGUCAAGAAUCUUAAACACUGGUAAUAAUUCACUAGAACUGGAGAAUUCAAGAGAUAUGAUUACGGAGACAAGGAGAACUUGAAGAAGUACGGAACCAAGAAAGCUCCCUUAUAUGACUUAUCCAACAUCGAUGUUAAGAUAUUCUAUAUUGCUGGAUACGAUGACUUGUUGGCUGCACCAAAAGAUGUGAAUCACUUGUUCUCAGCCUUGGUAAACGCACCAAAUAAAGAACUUAAAUUCUACGAUGCUGGUCAUUGUUCCUUCAUGUGGGGAAGAAAGUUGCCAUAUCUUGAAGAUUUAUGGGCUCAUCUAGAGUGAUAUAUAUACACACAUAUUAUCAUCAUCAAAAUAAUAAUAUUUA